AUGGCGUCUUCAGUGAACGCGAACGCCGUGCUUUGCGUCAAGGGCGAGAUCCACAACGUGCUGACGGUGCUGCGACUCAACUCGAGGUGGGCGAGCAGGGAGCGUUUCACUAGAGAGAUCCCGCUGCAGGCCGAGAGCCCGCUCGCGAGAGCCUUCAAGGGCCUGCACAGCCACCUGGAGGAAGUUGACGACCUUGCCAAUGUCGACACUGUCCGUUACCUCCUUCCGUUCCUGGCGGUGGUGGAGUCGCCGGCCACGACCGGGCCAAUGACAGGCGUGGCGCUGAGCUCGCUGCACAAGUUCCUCCUGUACGGCUUCAUCCGGAAGGACUGCCCUCGCGUGAAGGAAGGGAUAACCCUCGUGGCACAGGCCAUCAGCAGAUGCCACUUCGAGGAGACCGACCCAGAGAGCGACGAGCUGGUGCUGAUGAAGCUCUUGGAGCUCUCCGCGCUGUGCCUGAGGUGCGAAGUGGGAGACUUGCUUACCGACGAGAGCUGCUGGAACAUCUUCGUGGCCUGCUACAACCUCUACCACAUCACCACGGACGACAAGUCGUUCGGGCUCCUCCGGGACACUGCGGGCAACACCCUGGCGCACAUCGUGCUGAUGCUGUUCAGCCGCCCGCGGGUGUCUCGAGCGAGCAAGUCGGCGGCACCCGGCGGGGCAGCAACGGCUGACGCAACAGUAGCGGCGGGCGGCGCCGUCCUCCACGAAACUCUGGGCCAGAAAGCGGGAGCAGAGGCGCGGGACUGUCCACCGACGGAACCAUCAAAAGCCCCCCCGACGCCGGGCGGCGAUAGAGACGGGCUGGCGCAGGCUAGCCCCCCCCCCCCCGCCGCCGCCGGGCUGUGGCGCCACGGGUCGUCGUCGAAGGCAGGCGACGAGGAGGGCAGCAGCAGCGGCAAACAAACGCCGUUCGGGCGGGGAAGGGGCGUGCCGCCGCCGCUAGAAGGGGGGCAGGAGGAGGAGCCGUGGCCGUCCCUCGACGGAGCCAACGAUGAUGGCGCCAGCCAAGGCGUCGAUGACGGUGUCGUUGUCGCCGGGCGGGGAGCGCUGAAGGCAAUGAUGGGCCCCGGUAACGGUAGGUUCGGGCUUGGCGGGGUCGGAGGGCCCGUGUCCCCGGUGCAGCCGACGAAGCACGGCGGCGGGAGAGAUAGCGGCACCGCGGAGCAGGAGGGGGUCUUGGUCAAGCUGAUGCGGUUCCUGUCGCUGCUGAGCGACCCUCGCUCGAACGGGAGCGCGGAGUGCGUGCUCAGCCUGAGCUUGAUCAACAUCGCGCUCGAGGCGGGGGGCGCGGACCUUGGAAGGAUACCGUCCCUCGUGAGGGUCAUGCGGGGGGACUUGUGCAAGCACCUGCUGCAGAACAGCCAGACGGACGACCUCGACGUGCUGAGCCUUACGCUGAGGGUGGUGUUCAACCUGUUCAACUCCAUUAAGGACCACCUAAAGGUCCAGCUUGAGGUUUUCCUCACCAGCGUGCACCUGCGCGUGCUCGACGGCUCGAGCUACGGGCCCGAGCAGCAGGAGCUUGCCCUGGAGAGCCUGCUGGAGUUCACGCGGGAACCGGCGUUGAUGACGGACGUUUACAUCAACUACGACUGCGACGUGCAGUGCACCAACCUCUUCGAGACCAUCUGCCACUCGCUGUCGAGCCACGCGUUGCCGCGGGACGGGAUGGAGGUCAACGCUCUCAACCGCCUGGCCCUGGAAGGCGUGUUGGCCGUCAUCGAGUCCAUCUCUCGGAGGUGCGGACCCUCCUCCAAGCCGCCGUCGUCUUCCCAGCAGCUGGGGUUCUGGGUGCAGCAGGCCGGCGGCGGCGGCGGGGGGGGGGGGGCCCCCCCGCUUCCGCUGUCCGGGCCGCACUCGGGCGGGCUGAGCGCGAGCCUGGGUGGGCCUGAUUCCUCCAGGAGAGGCUCGGUGUCCGACUCCGACAGCGACCAGGAGUACAUCGCUGCCUUCGGGGGAGGGGGUGCUGUUCAUGGCAGGGGGGACGGGGGAGGGGCGCCGUUCGCGGGAAGCGGCGGCGGCGGCGGAGCGGCGGGGGAGCUGGGGUGGCUGGAAAGGGCGAGGGCGCGGACGGCGGAGGUUCUGCAGGGGAGGAAAAAGAUGAAGAGGCGCUUGGGGCUUGCCGCGAGAAAGUUCAACACCGGUUCCAAAGGCUGGCUGGAGUACGCCCAGGAACUCGGGCUGAUCCCUACCCCCAAGACGGCGGCGGCGACGGCCGCUUUCCUGAAGGGCACUCUGCUGCUGGACAAGAGCAUGCUCGGGGAGUACCUCAGCAGGGGGCCGGCGGACAAGUACCCUUUCAACGCGCAGGUGCUGGAGGAGUACGUGAAGCUGUUCGACAUGCGGGACAAGACGUUCGUGGAGGCCUUGAGAGCGUUUCUCAAGGAGUUCAGGCUUCCCGGGGAGGCUCAGUGCAUCGACCGGUUGAUGGAGGCGUUUGCGGGGCAGCAGUACGAGCAGGGCAAGGACUCCGGUCAGCACCCCUUCGUGAACGCGGACGCGGCGUUCACCAUGGCCUUCAGCGCCAUCAUGCUCAACACCGACCUGCACAACCCGCAGAUCCAGGACCACCGACGCAUGACCCUGGACGACUUCAUCCGCAACAACAGACAAAUCAACGGGGGCAAAGACCUCCCGAGGGAGUUCCUGGAAGACAUGUACACUUCCAUCAAGGAGAACGAGAUACAGGUGCACCGUGACCACGUGGCGAUGGCGGCUGACGGUCUGGGUAUCGACUACACCGUCCACUGGGACGGAAUUCUCAACAGAUCGAACAACGUGGCCAGCGCGUCCUUCACCCCGGCGCAAGCAGCCCGUAAACACCUGUUUCCGGCGGGAGUUCACGAGAGGGACAUGCUCCUGUCGGUCACCGGCCCGGCAUCGGACGCCAUCCGAGCCGUCUUCCUCCGCACGCAGGACGACCUCCUGGUGCUCGGCUGCCUCCGGGGGUUUCGAUCCCACGCGAGGGCGUGCGUCUACCUGGGACUCCUCGCCCCGUUCGACGCCGCCCUCGUCUUCUUCUUCCGGAGGGGGCUGGAGUACGCCUCUUCGGCGGCAGCCGGCGCCGCCGGCCUGCCGUUGCCUGAGGUGUUGAAGAAUCCUGGUUUGCCUGACGUGACGGACAUGGCCGCGUGCGCCCCCUUUGCCUCCGGCUGCGUGCUGCACCGCGACCUGUUGGCCCUCAAGUGUGGGCUGGAGCUCGCCCGCGCGUACGCGCACUGUGUCUCCACGGCGUGGGGGCCGAUGCUGGAGUGCGUCUUCGCCCUGGCGGACCUCCAGGCUCUCCCGGCUAGCCUGACGGACGUUGACGACUUCGGCGACGCCCAGGGCAAUCCGCUGCCGCCUUCCGUGUUCGCCAAGCGCUGCCGCGAUCGCGCCAGGUCUGGCCACAACGUUUUGCUGUCACAAUCUGGUAGAGUGAGAGCUGCGGCAGCGGCGUCUUCUGGAAGGGGGGGAGGCGGGGGCGGGGGCGGCAGCGGUGGCGGUGGCGGCGGCGGGCUUUGGGGAUCUUUGUCGGGGGUGCUGUUCUCACGAGGCGGGGAAGGCGACGGGGGGGGGGGUAGGAGAGGGGGCACCGCGGCCGAAGCGGCGAUUGGAGCGAUAGCUGAGGUGGUCCGCACGGUGCAACUCGAGCAGCUGUUCCCCCAGACCAAAGACCUCCCGCUGGAGGUGGUCGAAGGCCUUCUGGGCGCCCUGCUCACCAUCCGAGACCCCGCAACGCCCCGCCGCCCUCCGUCCAACGGGGCGGGCGAGGCGGAGAGCAUGGCGGUGGUGGCGGCGGCGGCGGCGGCGAGCUUCGAGGCCCACGCCGUGCUCGCGCUGGAGCUGUCGUCAAGGGUCGUCCUAGCCAACAGGCAGCGAGUCCCGAGCCUUUGGCCCGCUCUUCACUCUUUCUUGGCCAGGGUGCUGGGCGGGGAGGACUCGGUGACGAUGACCCGCAUGCCGUACCUGGUGGAGAGGGCCAUGGUCACCGUGCUGCGGGCUUGCAUCCACAUGUUCGACAGGGAGGAUAUGGGGGCGAUGCUCUUGCAGUCGCUGAAGCUGCUUCUCUCUCUCCCGCCGGACGUGGUCCUGCCGCUGUCCAACCGACUAGCCUCUGGGCUGCUCAUCCUCAUCCAGGCUAACGCGUCCGCUUUGAGCCUGCCAUCCACCGCGGUGCAGUGGGAGGUGAUCUCCGCCUUGAUGGGCAAAGCCGUCCUCGGGGGCGGGGGGAGGGGUUUCAUCCUGGAGGCGUUGGCGUUCGUGGUCAACAGGGGACUGGGGCUCCUCGGGCGGCACAACGUCGUUUCGGUGCAUGCGCUGCUGACUCGGUUCGUGAGGGGAGACUUUUCCGACGGCAAGGCGGACUUCGCAUGGACGUUACAGGCGUGCGCCGCCUUGGAAGCGAUGACGUUCGCGCUGCUGCGGGACCUGCACACCUCUCCACCAUCAGCAGCAGCAGCAGCAGCAGCAACCGUCGCUGUCCCCCACGACAUCAACAACAAGGAUGGCGAUGGCGCCGCAAAAAAGUUGCCCCAACGGCAGUGGACCAUCGUGGACGACGAUGCUGCCGCGGGCGGCGGCGUUGACGAAGGAGGAGGCGUUGGGGCGGGGGGGACGGGAGGCGCGGGGGCCCCGGGGACGGAGUCGGUGGGUGACGACGGCGCAGCUGAUACGGCCGGGUCCAUCCUCAGCCGGUACGAGGCGGAAGGGAUGUGGCUGUCAACCCUGCAGACGCUGGGGGCCUUGGCCGGGAGCCAUUUCCCUAAGGUGGCCAAGGGGGCGGCCGAUGCUUUGGAGCGCCUGGUGCUCGAGUUACACGGAGUCGGUGCGCCCGCUUGGGGCACCGCCUUCAGCGAGGUGUUGCUGCAACUCCCGGUGCCCUUGCUGCCGCCGCACUUCAGGCCGGCGGCGGGAGUCGUGGUCCAGGGCACUUGGAGCGAAGAGGUUUGCAUCCGCUGCUGCUCGAUCCUCUCUCGAGCCUUCCUUCACCACCUCCAGGCGCUCACGAGCCUGCCGGGGUUCGGCAAGCUGUGGCUCGACACCGUGACCCUCAUAAGCCGGAACUUGGAAGCCAAUGGUUCCUCCGGGGCAGAUGGCGUGGCGGCAGAGAGCUGCCAGCAGAUCCUGACGAACUUGGUCAUGGUCGUGGCGUACGCGGGGUUGCUGGGCGGCCAGCACGUGUUGGGCGAUACAGGUCCUGGCGAUGCGUCGGGCGGUGGCGGGUCGCGAGGAGGCGACCCCCAGCGUUUGCUCCACGAGACGAGGGAGAUCCUGGAGCCUGUUUGCCCCGGCUUGCGACCUCUCUUGAAAGGCUUGGCGGGGACUGGCACCACAACGCCGGAGGCGUUGGACUCACAACCGCCGCCACCACCGCCGGCUGCGGAGCCGCCCGCGGAGCCACCGACCGAAGCGCCUUCAAGUCACGAAGGUCUCGGGGACGGCAGCGACGUAACGACUGCGGCACCUGAGGUUGAGGCACCAUCAUUCCCCGAGCGCGACGCUGAUGCCGGUGGGGCUGACUCGGUGCUGGACUACGGCGGCGAUGGGUCUCUGGCCGUGGAUGAGGCGCGGGGCGUGGGCGACCCUUGGUCCUCAUCACCCGCUAACGACGACGAGCUCCAAGCUGCGGAUGGCUUGUUCGAGGACAAGGGGGCGGCGGGGGGCGGCGAGAGGGAUGCUGCCGCCGGAGCCCGCGAGGUUUUCGAUAGGCCGGUCGUCCAGAGCUCUCCUGCUCCGCCGAUCUUGUCUGGGGGAAGGCCGCAGAUCGUGUAGUAGAUGCGAUGUUUUGUGUGUAGCGCUAUGCUGUGGUGCUUGUGGUACGCGUGCUCGUCCAGUUGUGUUGUCAGAAAUGUGUUCGAUAAAGCUCUUGGGGAGUUUGCGUUUAUUUGAAGUGUCUUCUUGUGUGUUUGGUUCGUCGGUGGGAUCGAAACCCAUUUGACACGGGGAUAUUGUGUAAGUAGCUGGUUGACUGCGCUCAAUGAUUACUCCGGGCGUCAUCGAUGAUGCCUAGUUUCGUGGAGUUGGUGUGCUGCUGUGCGAAUUUGUGUGGGAGAGCGGCUUGCCAUUGGGCGUGUCAAAUCGUCUUCAAUGUUGUCGCUAUCGAAAGUGCUGCAGGAUUUCUUGAUUUGUUUUUGCAUCAGCCCUUCCCCCCACACGCGUGAACCCGUCAGUCACAAUAUGCAAAGGUUGUUGGACCGCCUUUGUGUUGGUUGGCGGUUGUCAUUCAGGGAAGAGCCAGGGCUUCUCAGCGGAGGCGAUAGGCAGUGCAAAUAGACUUGUCGCAAAUUGCACCAUGGAACUUGGUCUAGUCUAUAGAGGUUCAGUUCCGCGGCCUGCGGUCGUCAAAUCUUGGAAGUGGAGCCUGAAAAAGAGUCAUGUAUGCAAACACACGAACCAUUCUGAAAGUCAAUUUCUUUGUCCUCGAAUGGUUGCAG